CCCGCUGAGGGUGUGUGCCCCGGAUGAGCCUUCUGUGAAGGGGAUGACAGGUCCUGAUCCGAGCGGGAUGGAUGACUGCUAGGAGUGAGCGAGGUCAGACUAGCCGGGUCGGUAUCGAGGAGCAAGCAGAGAAUGGUCGGAGUCACAAGCCAGGUUCAGCAGGUAGCGGGCAACGCGGUACCAAGGAUCAGGCAGAAGGAUGGUCAGGGACGAGCCGGGGUCAGAGCAGGAGAGGGUCAGCAUAAAUCAGAACAGGCAGAGUUUGGCAACAAGGA